AUGGCAAAAGGACUCAGAUCAAAAGUUAAAAGGAGAUUUAGAACAAUAAAAAGGAUUCAUGUAAAUGAAGUUAUAGAAAAACCUAAUCUUAAAAAAUUAAACAACAGAAUAAAAUCAAUGCUAAAUAAUAAAAAUAUAUAUGAAGAUUUAAUUAAACCACCAAAUAAAUUUUUACAUCCAGAUAAUGAAAGAGCUAUAAUACCUCAAUAUAAAACAACAGAAAAAAUUGAUUUUAGGUCAGAGGCUUUACCAUUAUCAGGUUUGGUAACUAUUGGAAACAGAAGAAAAUACAGCUUAAAUGAAAAAAUUGAAUUAAAAAAUGAAUUGGGAAAUAAUCCUAAUUUUUAUGACAAUAUAGAAGUUAGUAAAAUGAUUAAUGAUAUGCACAAGAAAUCAAAAGAAGUCAUGAAAAAAAUUAAUAAAAAGGAAGAUAAAGAUAAAAAAAGAGAAUUUUAA